AUGCUGACGCUCACUAGGCACCAGGCCUUCGCGCCUGCGCGCACUGCCAGGGCAGCAGCACCUCGUCCGUAUGUGGCGUCCACGGUGCUCUCGGGCGCCACACUGCAGCAGCGUCGGGCAGAGGGGGCGGGCGUGCUCGCUGCCCCGGACAAUGGCGCCAAGGCGACCAUGAUGCGCCACGGCAAUCGCGUCAAGCACCUUGGUCGCCCUGCCGACCAGCGGAAGGCGCUCAUCCGCGGGCUUGUCACAGAGGUCAUCAGGAACGGCCAAAUCCGGACUACCAAGAUCAAGGCCAAGGUCAUCCGCAAGUACGUGGAUAAGAUGAUCACCCUGGCCAAGGACGGCAGCCUCCACGCGCGGCGGCAGGCGCUGGCCUUUGUCUACGACAAGGAGCUGGUGGCGUCGCUGUUCAGCGGCGUUGGGGACCGCUUCGGCGACCGCAACGGCGGCUACACGCGCAUCAAGCCCGACCUCAAGGGAUGCAGGGCGCGCCUGUGCGGCUAG